AACAUGGCUGCCUUGCACUGUUGUUUUCAACUCAGAAGCGGAUAGCUUUUCACUAUCUAAAUCCAGAGAGAAAUACAAUUUCGUAGUCUGGGCCUCUCAAGCAGACCGCAAUGUCUCAGUGCGUACAGUCUGUGCAGGAGUUCAUCCAGGACUCGUUUGUUCCGAUGGUGGCUGUCCUGUGCAGCGAAGAUGCGGAAAAAGUGACUCGUAAAAACAACCUUAAUUUCUCGGAGCUGUUAAGACCUUUCUGCCGGCUAACCUCCGAAGGUCACAUGAGGGACCCUAACAAUCAGAUGCAGGUGGUGAAGAACCUUCGCAUCAGUGUCAACAAUGUGGUGACACGCCCGUCUGUCCCCACCGCCGGAGUCCAUAGUCCCGCCCAGCGACGGCUGCUCAGCGAGGUGGUGUCGGCAUGCCAACCAGCAGAGGGGGGUGUGGCCAAUGUCAUCACCGCCGGAGACUAUGACCUUAAUAUUAGUGAUCGCUCUGUUAAAGCUAGCGUCCCCUGGUACAGUGACUGGAGGGACACACUAACGGAACUCAGCACCUCCAAGCAUUAUACAGCCACGACUCCCUGGUUUGAGGCGUACAGGGAGAGCUUCCUCCAGUCAAUGCCUGCCUCUGACCAUGAGUUCCUCAACCACUACCUCGCCUGUCUGUUGGUGGUGUCGUCCAGUGAGGCUGUACCAGUGGAGCAGUUCCUCAAGCUGUCUCAGGAGCAGCACAGGAUCCAGCACAAUGGAGAGUACACCAACCCCAAGUGGUUCAUCCCCAACACACUCAAAUACUACGUCCUCCUGCACGACAUGAGCCAGGGGGAAGAACAGAGAGCUGACUCUGUGUAUGAGGAUAUGAAGCAGAGGUAUGGUUCUCAGGGUUGUUACCUUCUGAAGAUCAACUCUCGUACAGCAGCAGCAGGAACAGAUGAACAGAUACCGGACCCAUGGAGCCAGUACCUUAACAAGAGCAGUCUGCAAAGCCAGGAUCAGUCUGAGGAGCCAGCCCCAACCCCUGUAGUGGUGAACAACACGGCUGUAGAGAACAACGUAGGAGGAGCACCAGAGAUGGACGGACAUGACUCGGCAGAGAAUGACGGAGUCUCUGUAAACAGUCUGGACAACACCCACCCUCUCCAGCUGGAGACUGCCAUUGACAUGCCCGGUAGCCUGGACUCCCUCAGGGCUAUCGCCGCGGAAACCAACACUACGACAGUCUACACGGGAGUGGCGGCGGGCACCAGCCAUGGGGCAUGUCUAACGCUGAACGACCACAACCGCCUCAGACUAUUCAUCCAGGAAUUUACCUUCAGGGGACUACUACCUCACAUAGAGAAGCACAUUAGACAGCUCAAUGAUCAGCUGGUCUCCAGGAAAGGCUUGAGUCGCUCUCUGUUCUCAGUCACUAAGAAGUUGUUUGGAGGAGGGAAAGUUCCAGAGAAGAGUAUUGCUGAACUGAAGAACACUUCCGGCCUUCUCUAUCAUCCAGAAGCCCCUGAGCUGCAGAUCAGGAAGAUGGCUGACCUGUGUUUCCUGGUUCAGCACUAUGAGCUGGCCUACAGCUGCUACCACACGGCCAAGAAGGACUUCUUAUCUGACCAGGCCAUGCUCUAUGCCGCUGGGGCGCUGGAGAUGGCAGCAGUGUCUGCGUUUCUCCAGGGUGGGGCUCCACGGCCGUAUCCAGCACACUAUAUGGACACGGCAAUUCAGACCUACAGAGAUGUGUGCAAGAACAAGGUCCUAGCUGAGCGUUGUGCUCUGUUCAGUGCUGAGGUACUGAAGAGUCAGGCCAAGUACUCUGAUGCUGCUACCCUCCUCAUCAAGAUGACCAGUGAGGACUCUGAUCUGUGUUCUGCCCUCCUAUUGGAGCAGGCAGCCCACUGCUUCAUUAACAUGCGAAACCCCAUGGUCAGGAAGUUUGCCUUCCACAUGAUCCUGGCAGGACACCGCUUCAGCAAGGCAGGACAGAAGCGCCAUGCGUUGCGGUGUUACUGCCAGGCCAUGCAGGUAUAUAAGGGUAAAGGCUGGUCCCUGGCUGAGGACCAUAUCAACUUCACUAUCGGCCGCCAGUCCUUUACGCUGCGCCAACCAGAGAACGCUGUCUCAGCCUUCAGACACAUCCUCACCAACGACAGCCAGCAGACCUCCACACAGCAGGGAGCCUUCCUCCGGGAGUACCUCUACGUCUACAGGAAUGUGCCAGGGGUGUGUGAGGUGGCACUACCCCAGCUGCCCCUACCCUGCAUCAACAGCUCUGCUACCAGGGUCUACUUUGGCCACGAACGCCGCCUGGCAGAGGGUGAGAAGCAGGCUGCCACCCAUGUGUCCUUGGACCAGGAGUUUGACCGGGACCUAGCUGCCGUGUGGCAGGACCUCGAGGAACAGGUGGUUGCCGCCGCCAACCGUGGGGUUGUCCCGUCAACGUUCUACUCUACCCAGUGCUGCCUCAACAGUCAGACGGACAAUCUCCACUUCCCGCUGGCUGUAGUAGAAGAACCCAUCAUAGUUGAGGUGGCGUUCCGGAACCCUCUAAAGGUUCCGCUGGUUCUCUCAGACCUCUCGCUGCUCUGGAAGUUCACGCUCAAAGACUUCUCUCGACCACAACCGCAGGACGUCAUGGUUGGAGACGCUGUCACCAUCAGCAAUGAGAAGGAGGCCAUCGCUCCCAUGACAGUGCAGAAAGAUGACAUCAUCACCACAGAAGUCAUCCCAGAGUUCUACAUGAGCCCCGAGGAGACAAGAGUGGCUCGUCUGAAGCUGCUUCCUCGCCAGACAGGUCAGCUCAGCAUCCUGGGUCUGGUCUAUAACCUGGCCUCCACCCCUUCUACUGGAGACUCUACUAUUAACAGCAACAGUUUCUCGCAGAACCAAGGUCCCUCAGCGACCGCAGGGACAUCGGUUCGUGGUCGACAGGACCUAGAGAUUCAGGGACCGCGGUUGAACCAGACCAAGGAGGAGAAGACCUCUGUCAGCCACGGUCCUGACCGACGUCUUGACCCCACCAUCACCCCUCCAAUGCCCCUGCUGGAGGUAUUCUUCCUCCAGUUUCCUACUGCCCUACUAUGUGGUGAGAUCAGGAAGGCCUACGUGGAAUUCUGUAAUGUGAGUCACGUUCCCCUGUGCGGCCUGCGGGUGGCGUCCACGCACCCAGACUUCUUUACCUUCGGAAGCUCCUCCCUAGCCACACCCCUCACCCCCCUCAGCCCCACCUCCUUUGAGAACUGCUCUGCCUACAAGACCCUGGCCACACCCCCAGGAGCCACGCCCGGGUCGGUAACCGCGGUAACGCUGGUGUCGGCGGCUGACUUUGGGUCGGGAGGAGGAGUGUUUGGUACGGGGGGUAAAAGGGUAGCAGAGAUCCCUCUAGGAGAGGGAACGCUAACGCCUGGAGAAUCUACCCAGCUACCCCUGUGGCUGAGAGGACCAGACCAGGAAGGAGUCCAUGAGAUCAACUUCCUGUUCUACUACGAGAGCGCCGAGAAAGGAGGAAAGAUCAGUCACAGGGUGCUGCGUCACACAGUAUUUAUCUGUGCCAGUCGUUCUCUGUCGGUCCGGGCCACCGCCUGCCGUAGUAACACACUGCCCGAGGAGGAGAGAGAGGAGGGGAGGAAUGGCAGCAUGCUGGUCUUUGUCGAUGUGGAGAACAUCAACACAAGUGAGGCUGGGGUGCGUGAGUUCCACAUUGCACAGGUCUCUAGCAGCAGUAAACAUUGGAGACUACACAAGUGUAUAAACCCAGCAGAAGACAAAGACUGCAAACUCACCACCAGAGAGAGGGGCAAGCUGUGCUUCAGAGCAACACGAUGCAAACCCCAUGAAGCUACCUCAAAGUCACUAGAGAAGUACACCUUUGCAGACCUGAGCCUUGGAAAUGAACAGAUCAUCAGCUCCACCACUCCGUGUGCAGACUUCUUCUUCCGGAGGUGUCAGCCCUCGGAGUCUUGGAGACCGCUUAUUGCCAUGGAGACACAGGGGAGACAUUCCAGGAGUCAGGGGGCGGGUCCUGGGGGUGGGGCUGAGGAUAUAACAGGUGUGGUCAGGAAGUGCAACGAGGUGGACCUCAACAUCAUCGUCCUCUGGAAGGCAUUUGUUGUUGAAGACAACAAGCAGGUGAUCCUGGAGGGACAGCUUCAUGUGGCACUACAGACCAUUGGCAAAGAGGCCUGCUCCCUCACACAGAAAGAGGAGGCUCAAGAGAUGGUGCUGCUGAAGUUUAAACCAGAGCUUCCUCCUCCUAUGACACGGCCCUCCAUGGAACAGCUCUCCCACCUCAUCAAGACCAACCUGCACUACCCCGAAAGCUACAGCCACCCCUUUGUACAGAAGAGUCUCUGUAUGGUUCCAGUCACUUUGACUCUAUCUAACUGCUCCCUGGCUCAAGUUGAUGCCAUCAUUGACCUUCGACACAAAACUACGAGUCCUGAGUCUCUUGAGGUGCACGGUUCGUUUACAUGGCUGGGCCAGACUCAAUACAAGCUGCAGUUGAGGGCACAGGAAGUGAUGCGGCUGCCGCUGAGAGCCGGCUUCCUGCAUGCGGGCGUCUAUAACCUGGGAACUCCACGGGUCUUCGCCAAGCUGGCGGACCAGGGAGCCAUGUGUGAGACCAGCCAGCAGACGGCCACGCCUGCACUAAUCAUCAUUAACAGCACCUGAACAUUGUCCUGCCCAUCAUCAAUUAUGAAUUAACCACCAUCUGUCAAUCAUCACUACCAAGACUCCCCAUUGGUUGGCAACAACAGGGUUGAGAGCUCAGAGACCCACCCAGCAAGAAAUAUCUUCCAAAUCCUAAUCACCCGCUCUUCACCAUCAAUGCUUGAACACUGGGCUAUCUUAAUUAGGCAUAAAACUGAAGAAAACAGUCUAUAACAGGGAGGGACUACUUGAAAGGCUCUUUUUCAUUUUCUGUUGCAAAAGGUUUUACUACAGGGUGCCCUAAUGAAUAGGAUCCCAAUUCUGCCUGCCCGCCCACCCGACAAUAACCAAUGAACAAUUAUCUGCAAAUCAUCACUACCAAGGCUCCCCAUUGGUUAAGAAACUGUUGAGAGCUCGGAACUAGCUACCAAGCAGAAAUAUCUUUCCACCAAGUCUCAAAUCAUCCACUCCCUAAAAAUUUGACCCAUUUUUCCAAACUAGUAUACUCAAUACUGGACUAAGGAAAGAAGUUUUGUAUUUUGCAAUAAAAAUCAGGGCGAUAAGAUGUAUUUAAAAAUAUAUAUAAAAUGUUUGAAUGAAAUUGUGCAUCAGUUGAGCUUGUAACCACUGUGAUGGUCAGACUGUUGUUAAAUAAACCCCCCAGUAGCUAUUUUAUGUCCCAGCAACACAUCAAAGCAUCAUGGACUUACAUGUGGAAGAAGGAUCUGUUUUCUCUCUGUGUAUUAUUCAUCUGUCAUCUCAGCUGAUGCACUUUGGUUUUGACCUUUUUUAUUUGAUGAUAUCAACCUGUGGAAGGGGAGGAGAACAGACAGACGUUGUAAACUUAGACGGCAACAGCGUGUCUCCUACGAUACUGGUGUCAUCUGUCUACCGCCAGAGAUGUAUUUUAUUUUUAGUGUUGAAAAACGAAUCACAUGUUGUUGAGCAGUUGUCACCGUGGCGACAGAUGUCGUUUACUUCUUGGAUUAACCAGGAUGAGGAAGUAGGAAAAACUGCCUCUGCCUCAAUGAGACUGACCAUGACCAGGGUUUUCUGUUGUGUGGUCACAUGGACCAGACCAUCAGCACAUCACAAACAGUUUAGAAUAUGACCCAGCGUUUAACCACUAUACUACAGUAUGUGACUGACAAACUCUUUGACUGACAGGUUCUGAUACAGAUACUGCCUGCCCACCUGUCUGUGAGCCUGUCUGUUGUUGGUCUGUAGUCUAUCUGGACUGACAGUGCUGUCAGUCACCACGUGCACACAUUUAAUUUUCUACAAAACAAACAAACAUACCAACAUAUGAACCAAUCAAAUCAACAUGAUCCCUAUACUUCUCCCUCAUUGGACCUCCACCUUGUGCUCAAGCUGUUAUUUAAAUGUAUGUAUUUACUCAACUGCUUUUCAGAUUAUGUAUUAUAUUUAUAACAAAUUUACUGUAAAUAGAAAUAAAAAUGUAACCAAUGAUGUGGGCUGUGA